AAGUUAAAGUACAAAUGCAUAAGUAUGUAUUGACAUUUUAUUAUUGACCCCCGUCUUAAUAUAUAUAUAAACAAAAACUUAAAAGAAAGUACUUAGUUGAUCAUUUGAUAUAACAGGAAGAAAACAGACGGUUUUUGUGAAGAAUUUAAGCUUUAAAAAUGGAUGAAUCGAGUUUCAUCUGCGCCAUAUGUUUAGAAAUUGCAGACGAAGCUGUGGAAACUAAUUGUUGUCACCAUCUUUUUUGUGAGAGGUGUUUAAAUGGUAUGCUUGAAAGGCCUUGUCCUCACUGUCGAAAGAAUUUAAAAGUGGAAGUUGCGCAUUUUGCUCGAAGAAUAAUUGGUAAUAUGAUGGUUGAAUGCAAACAUUCUGGCUGUGAGUUGAAAAUAUCCAGAUCAGAAUUAGAACAACACCAAUCAAAGUGCGAGCACCGUCUUUAUACGUGCCCAAGUAAAACAUGUGUGUUUAGCGGAAGUAAACGGAAUUUCGCUACACAUUUAUGUGAAGCUCACCAAACAGAGGUCGUGAACAACGCUGAGAAGUGUUUUUUAACAGAUGAACAAAAAACUUCAACAAAAGAUCGAAUUCGAAAAACGACUAACAAAUAUGGUCGCUCAGCGCGUUUAGGAGAGUCAGGAAAAUAUUAUUGUGCUGGACGGCUUGAUAUAAAUUAUAGGUACUGCAGCUGUUGCGACGCUCACUGUGGACCGACAAAUGGAUGCAACUGUAGUGGAUGUAUGGAGCUUGACAUUGCUGCAAGACAACUUCCACGUCAUUGGUAUGUUAACAGGCAAGGUGCAACUGCAAGAAGAAGUAAGGAGAAUGGAAGAAUGUAUUGCGGUAGGCGUGUUUUGGUUGGAACUCCUGGUUGUGACGGAUACUGUGGUCCUGAAAAUGGUCCAAACUGCCAGUCAUGCGCUAUAUUGGAUAGUCAAAUUGCUACUCGAUAUGCUUAAAAAAUGCAGGAACCCUAACUUAGUUUCUGUUCCGUGAAUUACGAGAGAAAUUCUUGAAAAUGAGACACCUCGUCAUGUCAUCAAGGGAUAUUGUGUGAACGUAGAAUAUUAAGAAAUAUUUUUUUUCUACGAAAAAAUUUUGAAAAAAAUAUUUUGUUGUUGUUCUUCCGCAUACGUACGAGUCAUCAGCAGAUCUUGAAGUGAUCAAUAGCGAGCUACCUAGAUCGCCUACGUCCUGUUCACAGCAUUUCAUUCAGAUUGGAUUUAUUUACUCAUUAUGAUGGUGCUCCACUUUGAUAACCAAUUCGCUGGCUCUGAUGGCAAAUAAAUGGGUUACAAAGUCGUCAAACAUCACAAAGUGUUUUCCCUGUUAAAGCUUAGUGUACAACCUUUUCUGCACUGCUUCUGCCUUUUAGUUAUUCACUCAAACUCACUUAAGAGUGAAAGAUUAAACUUUUAAGGAUUUAAUGAGUGGUAAAGAGAUUUUUGUUUUCCCGUUGUUUCCUCUAAUUCUUUGCUUUUUAAAUUUGAUGUGCAUCCUGUUGUGCAAAAAUCAGUAAAUGAUUCGUCGGAAAAGUCAGCAUUUUUUUUCGUGUUUACAAAAACAAACAUUAAGAGAGGCUAGAUAUUUUUCCUUGUUAAAAAAA